GAGCGUUUCCCUCUGGCUGUGGCCGGGUGCCUGGGCGCCGCAGCCUGGCCGCGCAGGGCCAGUGCAGAGCGCGGCCGAGGCACGGAGCGACUGGCGCGGUGAUUAGGGCCGAGCCCGAUUCCAACACGGCGCUGCCCCGCCCCAGGCUGGUGACCCCACCCUCUGGCCGCUGUGCUCCGGCUCCACCUCACAGCUCCGACCCCUUCCUCCCCAGCCCCCGCGCGGCUGCGCUCACUGGUCCCCUGCCCCAAACAGCAUCAGCCUGAGCCUGUCCUCAGUCUCCGUCAUGCCUCCCUGAGCCUCUAGCCACCCCUCCCCCAGAAUGCUCCUGGGCUCCAGCCUGCACCCCUGCCGCCCCCACUCCCCAGUAGUGCUGCAGAACUGAGUCCUGAGCCCCUCCCUCCAGCGCCUCAGGCUGAGUCUCAGCUCCCUCUGUUCAGGUGCCUCCUAUUGCCCCCGGCUGACCGCUUCCACAGGACCCUGGAUGGGACUCCGUUAUUCGAAUUGAGUUGUAGUUGUGAAGAGUGUGCAGGUCCUCCAGUAAAAAGAACAGGAGUACUUGUGGCACCUUAGAGACUUACAAAUUUAUUAGAGCAUAAGCUUACAUUUGGUAUAAAUUAGGGGUGUCAACCAUAUGUCCUGUGUGAUGGAUUCAGAUUCUCCAUAACUUAAGCUGUCUUUUAAAAAAAAAAAAAAAGUUUGGCAGCCUUGUAACUGCCAAAAUAAAGCUAUGUCUGCACUAUGCACCUUUUAGCGACACAGCUGUGCCCCUAAAAAGUGUGCAGUGUAGUUGCUCUAUGGCCUGGUUUACACUACGUGUUUAAACUGAAUUUAGCAGCGUUAAACCAAUUUAACCCUGCACCCGUCCACACAAUGAGGCCCUUUAUAUUGAUAUGAAGGGUUCUUUAAACCGGUUUCUGUACUCCUCCCCGACAAGAAGAGUAGCGCUGAAAUCGUUAUUGCCAUGUCAGAUUAGGGUUAGUGUGGCCGCAAAUUGACGGUAUUGGCCUCUGGGCGGUAUCCUACAGUGCACCAUUGUAACCUUUCUGGAAAGCCAUCUGAACUCGGAUGCGCUGGCCAGGUAGACAGGAAAAGCCCCUCGAACUUUUGAAUUUCAUUUCCUGUUUGGCCAGCAUGGAGAGCUCACCAGCACAGGUGACCACACAGAGCUCAUCAGCACACGUAACAAUUCAGUCUCCUGAGAAUCGAAAAAGAGCUCCAGCAUGGACCGCACGGGAGGUACUGGAUCUGAUCGCUAUAUGGGCAGAGGAUUCCGUGCUCACAGAACUCUGUUCCAAAAGACGAAAUGAAAAAACAUUUGAAAAAAUUUCCAAGGUCAUAAUGCAGAGAGGCCACACCAGGGGCUCAGUACAGUGCCGUGUGAAAGUUAAGGAACUCAGACAAGCCUACCAGAAAACCAAAGAAGCAAAUGGAAGGUCCGGGGGAGGCCUGAAAACAUGCUGCUUCUACGCUGAGCUGCAUGCAAUUCUAGGGGGGUCCGCCACCAGUUCCCCACCCCUGUCCGUGGAUUCCGAGGUGGGGUUGGUAAUGUCAGCCAUGGCUGAGGAUUCUGCGGACGGGGAAGAUGAGGAGGAGGAAGAGGACGACGAACUUGCAGAGAGCACACAGCACUCCGUUCUCCACAACAGCCAGGAGCUUUUUCUCACCCAGACGGAAUUACCCUCCCAGCCCCCCCAAGCUACUAGCCCAGACAAUGAAGUCAUGGAAGCAACCUCUGCUUCAAAUUUUUCAAGCCUCCCUACUCCAUCCCGAAGGCUAUCUCAGAUAAGGCGGUGGAAAAAAAAGACGCGAGACGAAAUGUUCUUGGAAAUCAUGGUAGUGACCCGCAAUGAAAGAGCUCAUCUGAAUGAGUGGAAGGACAUGGUAUCAAAUUACAGGAAAGAUGCCAGUGAACGUGAGGACAGGAGGGACGCUCGAGAUGAGAUGUGGCGGCAGGAAGAUCAGAGGUGUAGGCAGGAAGAUCAGCGGUGGCAGAAUGCAACGCUGGGGCUGCUGCGUGAUCAAACUAACAUCCUCCGACUUCUGGACAGCAGCAGGAUCACAGAGUGCUGCUGCAGCCCCUGUGUAACCACCCUCACCAUGUUCCAUAUCCUCCUCACCUAGAUGUGUAAGAACAUUUGGGGGAAGGCUUUGUGCUCCCGCCCACUCCACCCCCGUGGACAGCCCAUCCAAAAGGCUGUCAUUACUUUGAAAUUUUUUUAGUGGCCUUUUCCUUCCCUCCUAUCCUCCUCCCAAACCACAACCAAGCUACCUUGUCAGUUCUCUCCCUCUUUUUAUAAUGAAUUAAUAAAGAUUACCUGAUUUUUAAA